AUGGCUUUACCACGUGCAGCUAUACGCAUAACUUCUCAAUCCGCUAUAUCAGGGAGUACGAGAGCAAUUUUGUCUCCCUGCCGCAAUCUCAUCGCGUACACACGCACCCCUCAAAGCUCCCCACCAGCAUACCAGCCCUUCUCUACAUCCCAAUCCCUCCAAAAGAAAGCUGGAAAAGCCAAUAAAGCUCAAGCGCGCUCCGAUUCAUCGCCUCCCGUAGGCAAACGCGGCGCGCCUACCUCUGUCGAUACCGCUUUCGACCUCUCGCACCUCGAAUCCCAAAUCCUCAAAGCGAUCGAAAAGCUGACCCAUGAUCUCUCCCAAUUGCGUGCGGGUGGGCGGUUGAACCCGGAGGUGGUAGAGGGCUUGAAGGUACAAUUGGGUGUCGCAGGGAAAGAAGGCACAGGCAAGGAAACUGUGCGAUUAGGUGAUCUCGCACAGGUGGUACCUCGCGGGAGAGUACUGAAUGUUAUCUGCGGAGAGGCUGAGGUAUGCUAAAAUACCACCUGCCUCCCCCUCCUCUCUACACAGGUUGGAGGCAAGGUUAGCAUACGAAGAAGUUAGCUUGCUAAUGUCUGACUGCCAGCACAUCAAACCUAUUUCGAGCGCUAUCGCAUCAUCGCCACACUCCCUCACUCCACUCGCCCCCGAAUCCUCGAAUCCCCUUAC